AUGGCAAGGUUAAGGUUCAUAAUAGUGUUGGUGUUGGUGGCUAUAGCAAACACUAACAUUACUGAAUCUCGCAAUGUUAAGCUAGAGAAGACUAAAGUCACAGUCGCACAAGAAGAUCCUCUUAAGUUCCAUUUCCCUCUGCCUCCAGCCGCCCCCGGUUAUCCUCCUGACACAAUUUCAAAAUUCCAUUUCCCUCUGCCUCCAGCCGCACCUGGUUAUCCUCCUGACACAAUUUCCAGGUUGUUUGUUUCAGCUACUUCAGAUGAUACCAUGCCUAAAUGUCUUCCGCCCAAAUGCGUUCUUCCUGAUCCACCUCCUGCUCACACCAACAUUGUUACAGAAGCAACGAAUGUUAAGCUAUUGAAAACUAAUGGCGUAGAACAAGAUCCACGCCAAUACGAUCAGAUGUUACCUAGAGGUCCGGUUCCCCCAUCCGGACCUAAUCACGGUUAUGAUCCGCCUCCACGUCAAUUUGAUCAGAUGUUACCUAGAGGUCCGGUUCCUCCAUCCGGACCUAAUCACGGUUAUGAUCCGCCUCCAGGCCAAUUCGAUCCGAUGUUACCUAGAGGUCCGGUUCCUCCAUCCGGACCUAGUCAUGGUUAUGAUCCGCCUCCACAAAAGUCCUCCGAGCUACCUGAUGUUCUACCCCCUCCAAAUUCCCGUAUCCGCCUGCCUAAAGGUGUUCCUCAUCCUCCUGAAGGACCGUCUCAUGGCUCUACUCCUGAUCCACCACGACCACCACCAACUCCAUGA